CUUCUAUAAAAGCCUCAUGAUGCCCGAGGAGGUCUUCAUUCACCUUCAUCAUGAGGGGAAUCAUACUAGCCUUAGUAUUCACCCUUGUGGGGAGUGAGAAAUAUGACCCUGAGCCUAAUUUUGGUAGCAAGACCUACGUGUACAACUAUGAGGGCCUUACCAUGAAUGGACUGCCAGAGCCAGGUUUGGCAAGAGCUGGGCUGAGGCUGUCCUGUAAAGUAGAGAUCAGUGGAUUGUCAGAGAAGGUUUUCCUCCUCAAGAUCCGAUCCCCACAGUUGGAGGAAUACAAUGGGAUCUGGCCCCGUGAUCCAUUCCUUCGCGCUCCCAAAGUCACUCAACUGUUUGCUCCAUAUCUCACCAAACCCUGGAAGUUUGAAUACAGCAAGGGGCGGGUUGGAAGUCUUUAUGCCCCAGAAGAUGUCCCUGAAACAAUUGUUAACAUAGUGAGAGGAAUUCUGAACCUGCUGCAGAUAUCUUUGAAAAAGUCACAGAAUGCAUAUGGCUUGCAAGAGGCUGGGAUUGGAGGUGUCUGCUUUACAAGAUACGCUGUCCAGGAAGAUAAGAGGAAUAACGGAAUCUUUAUUAGCAAAACUAAAGAUCUUGACAAUUGCCAGGAUAAAGUGGUGAAGAAUAUUGGAAUGACUUUCAUCCGUCCUUGUCCUGCUUGCCCAUUGAAAGAAAAGAUUGUAAAAGGAACAGCUGCAUUCUCCUACAAAUUGAAAUAUGCAGAAGCUGGUGCCCUGAUCACAGAAGCUAGGUCCCAGCAGAUCUAUCAGGUCUCCCCUUUCAAUGAACCUGGUGGUGUCGCUGUGACAGACGCAAGACAAGAACUUUCCUUUGUUGAAGUAAAAAAUGAACAUGUGAGCCCUCCAGAAAUACAUCUGCAGAACCGUGGAUCAGGCACACGUUUUCAGUUUCCGCCAGUACUUUACCAAAUGCCAAUUCAGCUCGUCAAGACAAAGAACCCUGAGCAACGGAUAGUGGAAAUACUGCAACAAACAAUCCAAGAGAACCAGCAAGAGCUCCAUGCGGAUGCUUCAUACAAACUCUUAGAGCUUAUCCAACUGUGUCGGGUAGCAAAGCUUGAUACCUUGAAUUCUGUCUUUAAGCAAUUUUCAGCUAAGCCUCAUCACAGGCUUUGGCUGCUGAGUGGGAUUACUAUGGCAGGCACCACUGAUUCACUGACGUUCCUUAAACUGAAAAUUCACAGUGAGGACUUGAGCUACAUUGAGUCACUUAUGACGGUUGCUGCUGCUCUCCAUUUAACAAAAGCGGAUAGCCAUACUAUUCAAGUUGCAGCAGAGCUAUUGGUCAGCUCCCGACUUGAGAGAAUUCCCAUGCUUCGCCAGAUUGCUUACUUGGCAUAUGCUUCCAUGAUAAGCAAGCACUGUUCUCAGUCUCCAUCUUGCCCUAGUGAAGCUCUUCAGCCCAUCUAUGACCUUGCAGCUGAGGCAGCCAGCAAGGGCAAUGAAGAUGACAUAGCCUUGGCUCUGAAAGCCAUGGGCAAUGCAGAAGAUCCAGGCAGUAUCAAGCGCAUCCAGAAGUUCUUGCCAAUAUUUUCAUCGGGUGCUUCUGUUUUCCCACUCCGUAUUCAUAUUGAGGCUGUGAUGGCCUUGAGGCAAAUAGGCUUGAAGGACCCCAGAAAGGUUCAGGACAUUCUUCUCCAGAUUUUUGCGGAUCAUUCUCUAAGUCCCGAAAUCAGAAUGUUAGCUUGUGCUGUCAUAUUUGAAACUGAUCCUCCACUUCCUGUGGUAACAACUAUUGCCAGUGUGAUACUGAAAGGAACCAAUAUGCAAGUUGCCAGUUUUACAUAUUCCUACAUGAAAGCUAUGUCAAGAAUCAGGUCCCCACGCUUCUAUAACAUAUCUGCUGCUUGCAACAUUGCCAUUAAACUAAUGAGCCCCAGACUUGAAAGACUGAGUUAUCGUUACAGUAAAGCUGUUCUUCCUCUUGGUGCUUACUACAGUGCAUAUCAGAUUGGUGCAAUUGAAAGGAUCUUUCUCAUAAAUAGUCCAAAAACCAUGUUCCCAUCACUUUUAAUAUCCAAUGUGAUUGUAAACUAUGCAGGUGCAAUUGCUGGUUCACUAGAGGUUGGUGUCCAUGCAGAAGGUCUUACAGAUAUUAUAAGGAAACAAAACAUACCAUUUGCGGAAUAUUCAACAUACAGAAAGAUAAAGGAGAUUGGGAAAACACUGCUAGGAUGGAAGGUGUUGCCUUCAGAAAAUCCUGUGUUCUCAGCCUACAUAAAAGCAUUUGGCAAAGAGCUGGCCUUUGCUAAUGUGGACAAGGACCUCAUUCAGCAGCUUGUGAAGCUUGCGACUGGACCAGCAGACAGACACACAUGGCUGAGAAAAGUGAUCAAUCAAAUCCAAAGUGGCAUUGCAGGACGAUGGAUUCAGCCAUUAUAUGCAGCAGAAUUUCGGCAUAUUGUUCCUAAUAUUGUUGGCUUGCCGUUGGAAUACAGUUUAUAUACUACUGCUCUGGCACAUGCUACCGGCCGUGUUGAUGCAAAGCUGUCUCCUCCUUUAUCUGGUGAUUUUAGACCUUCAGAGUUGCUUGAAUCCAGCUUGCAACUUCGUGCUGAUGUCAGCCCGAGUAUCUACUCUCACACAGUGGUGAUGAUGGGAAUCAACACAGAAUUUGUUCAGUCUGCCAUUGAAAUUAAUAUCAAACUCCAUGCACAAGUUCCGUUGAAAUUUGAUGCCAAAAUAGACUUGAAGGAAAAAAGUUUUAAGGUUACAACAACUCCAUGCCAAGAGGAGACUGUUCUAGCAAUGGGAAGGCAUAAGGCUUUUGCUGUAUCAAGAAAUAUAGGAGAACCAGGGGCAGUGAAGAGGAUUCCAGUGCUCCCAGAAGAUGCUCGAUCAAAUAUUCUGACAGAGCAUUUCAAGUCAUCUGAAAGAACUUCAAGAGAAGGUGCCGUGACGCAAAGAGUGGCUUCUGACAUCUUACCUAAGAAAUACGCCUAUAGUGGUGAACAGGAACUUCGGCACAGUGCAGGAAGAAAAGUGACUACACAAGCCAUUUGUGUCAAGUUGCCUCGUUUUGGUUGUCAGGUCUGCUUUUACAGGAAAGCACGAGAUGCCUCUGUUUUAAAAAAUACAUUGUUUCAUCGAUUAAUUGGAGAACACGAAGCUCAACUCAUUUUGAAACCAGCCAGUGCAGAUGCAGCCAUAGACAAAAUACAGCUGGAGAUUCAAGCAGGAUAUAGAGCAGCUUCCAAAAUAAUCCAGGUUGUAAGCCUUGACUCCGAGGAAGAAGAGGAUUCCUCUCCAGACGACGAAGUUCGAACUAAACUGAAGAAGAUCCUAAGAAUUGAAAGUGUGUUUAAGAUUGGAAAUAGAACUCAGCAGCACAAGAAGCAGUCUGUCAAGAAAGAAAAGACCCAGAUGACAGAGUUACGGACACAGCCCAGUACCAAGUAUCCACCCAGUUCAUCAUCUUCAUCCUCUGACACUUCCUCCUCUUCCUCCUCCUCCUCCUCCUCCUCUUCCUCUCCCGCUCCUGCUGGAAAGAAGGUCAAAAAACAAAGUCCAAAAGACAAAACAUUGCAAUCUAGAAAGAGAGAUGAGAGCAGCAGCAGCAGCAGUAAAGGCAGCAGCAGCAGCAGUAAAGGCAGCAGCAGCAGCAGUAGUAACAGCAGCGGCAGCAGCACUGCCAGCAGAAGCAGCAGCAGCAGCAGCAGCAGCAGUAGUGAGAGCGGGUAUUCCAAAACAAAGAACAGCAGCAAAAGCAGCAGCAGCAGCAGCAGCAGCUCCUCCCCCUCCCCCGCCCCCUCCUCCUCCUCCUCGUCCUCAUCCUCGUCCCCAUCCUUGUCCUCGUCCUCCAGCUCCAGUUCUAGUUCCAGUAGCAGUGAAGCCACCAGCAGAGCAGGUUCCCAGCCUAAAUUUUUGGGAGACAGUACAUCACCAACUCUGGCUGUUAUUCUUCGUGCUCUUCGAAAUAAUAAAAAUCUGGCAGGCUUCCAGCUUGUGCUAUAUACAGAUUUAUACUCCACCAAACCCAGGAUACAGGCAUUUGUGUCCAACAUCACAGGAUCGAGCAAGUGGAAAAUCUGUGCAGAUGCUUCAAUUGUUAAUGCUCACAAGGCAGCGACUUAUCUGAAAUGGGGCCGGGAUUGCCAGGACUACAAGAUUGCUACAGAGGUUGUAACUGGCCGGUUUGCUGAUCACCCAGCCAUCCAGGUGAAACUGGAGUGGCCUAAAGUUCCUUCAAGAUUCAAAUCAUCUCUCAACUGGUUUUACUCUUUCGUCCCUGGAAUUGCCUAUAUACUAGGCUACUCUGAAAUAGAGCACAAAAAUCCUUCUCAGCAAGCCAAGAUGAUUGUUUCUCUAACUUCUUCACGGACUUUUGAUUUUGUUGCCAAAUUGCCUGAGAGAACCAUUUUUAGCAGAGCCCUCAGACUUCCGAUAUCACUGCCUGUAGGGCCACCUGUACCAGAAUCAGCUGUCCAGUCUCCGGUCUGGAAUUUCUUUUCUGAAGCACCAUCUGCAGUCAUGGAACAUCUUAAAGCUCGUUGCACAGUUUCCCAAGACAAGAUCACAACCUUCAAUGAGGUGAAGUUUAAUUACUCGAUGCCCACAAACUGCUAUCACAUCUUGGCCCAGGACUGUAGCCCAGAACUGAAGUUCCUGGUAAUGAUGAAGAAUGCGGAAGAAUCUGCUGACCUUAAAGCAAUCAAUGUCAAACUUGGCCAUCAUGAAAUUGACAUGUAUCCUGAAAAUGGACUUCUUAGCCUCAUGGUCAAUGGUGUUGAAACCCCAGUGGAGAAUAUCACGUAUAGUUUAGACUCUGAUGCUUCUCUGGUGAUCAACAGUGAGAAGAAAGGUCUAUCACUUUUGGCUCCUGACUAUGGCAUUGAUAAACUAUAUUUUGAUGGACGUUCAUUGAAGGUUCAAGUUGCAUUCUGGAUGGCAGGGAAAACAUGUGGCAUUUGUGGAAAAUACGAUGCUGAAAAAGAACAAGAAUUUCAGAUGCCUAGUGGAUCUGUAGCUAAAGAUGCAGUGAGCUUUGCACAGUCUUGGAUUCUGUCAGAAAAGCCCUGUGCUGGAGCCUGUAAACUGCAGCGUUCACUUGUGAAACUUGAGAGAACAAUUCAGCUUGAGGGCCAAGAGUCAAAAUGCUAUUCUGUUGAGCCUGUGAUGCGCUGUAUAAAAGGAUGUUCAGCAACUGAAACCACCCCAGUUUCUGUUGGCUUCCAUUGUCUGCCGGCUGAUUCAGCUGCCAGCUUAGUGGAGGGACAGAUGAAACUUGACCAGAAGUCAGAAGAUACACGGGAAACAAUUGAUGCCCAUACUGCGUGUUCAUGUGAGGAACUACAGUGCAUUGAAUGAGGCUACAAUUCAGCAGAUUAGAAAUUUGGAGCAUUGUUUUUAUAUUGUGAAACCAGAAAAUUCCUCCUAGGCAAUCACAGAUUUGUUAAUUUAAGUGUUCAAAGUCCUACUGAAUCUUCUUAGGGAAAACUGAUCUUUUAAGAAAAUAUUAAACUUUAUUACUGUAGACAAAAUACUGAAUAUUCAUACAUAUGUGAUUUCCUA